AUGUCAACUGAGAAUCUUAAAAUAUUACCUUAAUUUUUAAGGUUCGUGGAUGAUUAACUCUUGCUUAUAGUUUUAACUGAUGAUUAAUCAUAUUCUGGUGAUUACUUACUGACCCUUACUUGCAGUCUGCUAGAUGAAUUCUCCAAUUCUACAAGUUUUUAUGUCAAAAUAGUUAAAUCAAAUCAAGAGAACAUUUACAUUCCAAAUUAUCCUCCAUUAUUCUAUUCAGAUCCAUAAAAUAUCACAUUGAUAGCAGGAAGUAAAUUGAAAUUAAGAUUGCCAGACUAUUUUGAUCCGAAUCCUAAAGAUUAAGUUAAAAUAACUGUUUAGACUUUAAAUAAGUACCCAUAAUUCUUUUAAUUACUGGAUGGCAAAUUCUUAGAGGUUAAUGCUGGGAUAAACGAGUUGAAAACAUUUUAGAUAAUAAUUACAUUAAAGGAUAAUAAUAUUAGACCAUUGCAAUCAAAAUACCUGAUAUAUGCAACAUUCAUACCCACAGAUGAAGGCUAAAUGAACAAUACCAACAUUAAAAUUACAAAUAAUACAAAAAUUGAAAUUCGAAAAGAUCAUGGACUUGACAAUUAGAUAAAUGUUGGCAAAUUAUCACCACAAGGAAUAAUUAUAAUUUAGUUUGAAAAGCCAUUAAAUCUAAAUGAGCUGUUAGUUGUUGGAUCCUUGAGAUUCGAUUAUACCUAUAUUGAUGAUUUCGUGCGGAAAUUUUUCAACUUAGAGGAAAUAUAGGAAAAUCCUUACAAUGAGAAAUUUAUGAAUUUUGGUUUUAAUGGUUAGUUUUAUUCUUUUUUCAUUAUUUAGACUGUUGUUACUUUGAUGCCCCUUUGGUUUACAGUAUAUGUUAUUAGAGAAGAAAACUAUAAAAUUAUUCAAAACAGAUGGAUUAAAACAAUAAAUUUUGUUAUUUAAUGGUUAAUUUUUACUGGUACUUCAAUGGCUAAACUUGUCUAUCUAAUUUUGUCAUUAGAGAAGUGA